AUGCUUUCGAUAUUUCUAACAUUAUCUUUGUCAGAGUUUGUAGAAGUGACUCUUGCUGGCUUAGCUACCACAUUUGAACAUCCACAAGCAGUUGUAUUGUUUUAUGGCGAAGAUAAAAUUGAUAGCAUUUUAUCAACACUAAACUCAGCGUCACAGCCAUACAAAUAUUUCUCAUUUGUAAAGGUUAACUUAUCAGGAGUUAAAGAAACACCACCAUUUCCAAUCAAAACUCUUCCAUCUGUAGUUUUCGUAUACAAAGGAAAAUAUGUCGGCACCCUUAAUGAUAAAAUCGAAACAGAAACUGUUCGUUCAUGCUUAUCUCGUCUUGAAACAUCCAUUCUUUCACGUCCAUACCAGCUUACUAACCCUCUUGAAGCGAUUCAAGCUACAAAGAACUCAACAUCAUCCGUAAUCAUCUUCUCCAAGGAAGAUUCCUUCAUCCGACGUUUCAGAAUGAUUCCUGAAUACGAUGUUACCAUUCCUAUCUAUGUUGUUUCUAACGCAGAAACAGCUGCAUCAGUAGGACUCGAAAAACUGAACAGUAUCCUCAUUACAAGAGCUAUUGAUGGAAAGUCUAAAAUUUUCUCACAGAAAGAGCUCUACGAUGAAAGCUCAAACACAAUCGUUCAAAAUUUCGUUAGACCAUUUAUCAUUGUAUGCCAUUACGACGAACAAAUUGGCAAUGGACUUGAUGGUUUCACCAUUGCGGCCCUAGUUGAAGAAGGAAAUCCACUACAAAGGAACGAAGUUUCGGAUAAUUUCAAACAACUCUACGGAACGUUCAAAAGAACCAUUAACUACCAUAUCGGCUACUACGGUGAUUUAGAUGCUCCAAUCAAGCAAUAUAACAUCGACAACUACUCAAUUCCUACUUAUAUUCUUUAUUAUAAAUAUAAAGGAGAGAAAACACCAAUUCUUUACUCCUGCUACGAAAGAAGCCCAGGAAUGAUCAGAAAAUGGAUGAAAUAUACAAUGAGCAGGCUUCCAGAAGAUAUUGAAAAAUAUAAAUACAGAAAUCAAAUAGAUUGGAUCGGAGGAGCCGGUUACGCAGACCUUAUUAUAGGUAAGGCUGCUGAUAACUUCAUUCUUUUGUCCGAUUGGUCGUUUGAUAAUUACGAAAAUGUAUUUGACAUAUAUAUGAAGCUUCUCGAGAUCUUUAUUGAACAUAAAGAUCUUAAGUUCCACUUCUACGAUCCAUUGGUCCGUCCAAGAGCUCAUAUGCCGGCAAUCGAACCCGAAAUCUCUACUUCUACGCUCAGAUUCUAUAAAUCAGGUAGAGAAUCUAAACCUGUAGACAUUAAACUCAAUAAGGACUUCGAAACAAUCCUCAGACAAGUGCUAAGACUCUUAGAUAAGUCUAUUAGCAGUAAGGAGGUACGUAAGAAUAUCGAGAAGUACAUCGAUCCAAUGAAGAACCGCGCGAUGUAA